AUGAAGUCAGUACAAGUCAAGGAUGACAAGGGCCCCGCGGAAAACCUCUACAUUGGAGAAGGGCCCACUCCAAACCCCCAGAACGGUCAGUUGCUUGUCAAGACAGAGUACUUCGGUCUUAACCGAAUGGACCUUCUUCAGCGGCUUGGAAACUACCCUCUUCCUCCUCAGGCUCCUAAGACUCUUGGAGUCGAGUUCUCAGGUACAAUUGAAAAGUCCGAGUCCGAUAAAUUCGCCGUGGGGGAUAAGGUCUUUGGUCUGGUGUACGGAGGAGCCUAUGCGGAGUAUGUGGUGGCUGCUGAAGAGACUCUAAUCAAGGUGCCUGAUGAUCUCAGUAUGGAGGUGGCAGCCGGUCUGCCUGAAGUGUGGUUCACAGGCAUCCAGGUACUUACCACCGUUGGUAAGUUCCAGAAGGGGGACUCUGUUCUUUUCCAUGCUGGAGCCUCCUCCGUCGGUAUUGCUGUGAUCCAGCUGGCUGCCAGUCUCGGAGCGUCCAAGAUCUUUACCACAGUCGGCUCAGACGAGAAGUGUGAGUUUGUCAAGAAGUUGGGCAACAAGUUUGGUGUUACAGUUGUGCCUAUCAAUUAUCACAACGAAGACUUCAAGGAAGUGAUUAGCAAGCACUAUGACGCUUCAAAGGGAGAAGGUGUCAAUGUCAUCAUCGACCCCGUGGGCCAGACGUACUUUGUGAGAAACCUCGAGAUCGCCGCCAAGGACGCCCGGAUCGUUCUCAUGGGAGCUAUGAGCGGUCCCAUCGUCAAGGGCGAUGUCCCCAUCGGUCUCAUCAUCUACAAGCGACUUGUUGUCCAAGGAACCACUCUAAGAUCACGAGAUCUUGCCUACCAGGAGAAGCUUAGAGACUUCUUUGUAUCUCAUGUUGUCCCUCUCAUCCUUGAAGGAAAGAUUGACACUUUUGUUGACAAGCUGUUCAACUUCACCACUGAGGAUAUCGUUGCUUCUCACAAGUAUCUCGAAAGCAACAAGUCCAUGGGAAAGGUGAUUGUGAAGAUCUAG